AUGCUCCUUGUCUGUCUGUCGGUCAGUAGAUCAUCCCAUAUCACACAAUUAGCAGCAAAGAGUGCAGCAGAAUCUUUUUCCAGAUUUGUCCUACCCCAGCACCAAAUAACACCAAAGGCGGCAGAGAUUACUGGAUUGACAUUUGAGAAUGGGCAGUUAUUAUCAAAUGGAAAUGUGUUGCCUGCUGUACAUAUCAAAAAGUGCAUCAAUGACUUUAUUUCUUUUCUUGAAAAAACUAAGAACAAUGUUUUAAUUGGCCAUAAUGUUCAAACAUAUGACUGUGUGUUAUUGUACACUUCACUACAAAAAUGUAAUUUGCUUGAUAAAUUCAAGUCAACUGUGAUAGGCUUUAUUGACACAUUGCCAUUAUUUAAACUUUCUCAUCCAGGUCUGAAUUCUUAUUCACAGACAAAUUUGUUUGAAACAUUUAUGAGCAAAUCAUAUGAAGCCCACAGGGCUGAUGAAGAUGUUGAUGCACUAUGCACACUUGUCAAUAAGAACAUUGAAUUAAAUGUUCAUUUUGAAAAAGUAUAUAUACCAGAAUGUGUCAUAUCAGACAAAUUCAAUUCUAUGAAAGAAUUGCAUAAAAAUUUACCAACUUUGAAGCUGUUGAUUGAUCGUAAGAUACUUUCAUUAGGAAUGGCACGUAUUAUUGCCAGUAGUGGACUGUGCUUAGAGCACUUGAAGAUGGCCUUUUCUAGGAAUGGUUGUAAAGGUAUAAAAGAUCUUUUCACAGAAAAGAGUGGUUCAGGUGUACGUGUCACAAAAUCAGAAAAGAUCAUAAGACAGGUUUCAGAUUUUUUGAAAGAAUAA